GCGGCCUGCGCCUGCGGGCCCCUCCCUGCGUCGCCCGGCCUGGCGGGGCUGUGGGGGCCGGAGCCCGACGAGCCCGCGCGGCAGGGGUCGGCAGGCGGUUGGCUGCGGGCUGCCCGGCCCCCGGCGGAGGACACCGCGCGGCAGCAUCGUGCCCGGGGGCACUCGGGUCACGGAGCCAGACCCGCAGAGAGCUUCUUUUCCUGAGGAGAGAGUAAGGGGGCGGGGGGUGCGGGGAGAGACCCCCCAGCAGGCUCCCUGCUGCGCGGCCCCGCAUGGGCUGCACCCCGCCGCCCGGAGACCGCAGGCUGAGCCGGAGUCAACCAACCGUCCGAUGCCACCAGGCUGUUGAAAAUCCUACAGCUACUGAGAUUCAAGAUGUGUGCUCAGCAGUCGGACUUAAUGUAUUCCUUGAGAAAAAUAAAAUGUACUCUAGAGAGUGGAAUCGUGAUGUUCAGUACAGGGGCAGAGUCCGGGUCCAACUCAAGCAGGAAGACGGCAGCCUCUGUCUCGUACAGUUCCCAUCACGUAAGUCAGUAAUGUUGUAUGCAGCAGAAAUGAUACCUAAACUAAAAACAAGAACACAAAAAACAGGAGGUGGGGACCAAAGUCUUCAGCAAGGAGAGGGAAGUAAAAAAGGAAAAGGAAAGAAGAAGAAGUGACCGCGUAUGGGAGCCACAUCUGGUACUACUGAGAGAGACCAUGAACGAAGGCUUCUAAUUUAAGAGAAACAGAAGCUUUUUAUUUGCAUCAUUUAACCGAACUAUGGACAUCUCUGCCCCUCAGCUUCAGCAUCAGAGUUGACAGUGAAGUAAAUUUGCAUCAGAACUCUGCAUCUAGCCUCUUACGCAGUAUAAAAGAAAAUUUUGUUUGCUUUUCAACGCAGUUUUUGUGGAAGAAAGAAGCAUACUUUUAAAUGGACAGUGAACUCUACCAUAAGUUACUUGAAAUCCUGUAUCUGUCCUGUGUGUAAACAUGUUUUAGAUAAAUGAGUUUAAUUAAAGAUUCGAAAUACA